AUGUACGGAAAUAAAAACAAAAACGCAGCACUGAUAUCAAUUUACUGUCAGAGAUACAAAAUGAGAUUAAACUCAACCCCUCAUGUCAUUGCUAAUUAACUGUCCAUAAACAAUUUAAGUGGGUAGAGAGUGUAAACUGACUCAGCAUAAAUUCGAAGAAUCAAAACAAUGAGAAGUCAGAGAUCUAAGUUAUAUUACAAGUCUGAGAGCAGAGAACCAAUUAAAUUUUCUAAUUCAUCCAAAUUUUCAUCAAUUGAUUCAAGAAAACAUUCAAAUUAUGAUUCUCAUGUCAAUACAUCAACUUCUGACAAUGAAGACAAGGCUUUGACGAUAUCAAAAAUGAUCUUUUCCGUAAAGUCCCCUCUUUAAAGUUUAAGGUUUUAAGGAUUUACUCUUGACAAAAAGCCUUCAAAUAUUGAAAUGAACAGAAGGAAAACAUUAAGAAAUUCUUUAUUUGCAAACUCUUAUAAGAAUUAACAUUUUUUAAUGACCGGAAAUGAAUGUGGUUGGUCUAGAAAAUCUUCAGAAAGUCUUAUCUAUCUAUGUUGA